CCCCUUCGGGCGGGAUCCGAAUUCCAGGGAGGCGGAGACGCGGCGCCGAGGCCGCGGCUGCGGGUCCGGGAUCUGCGGGGCGCGGGCGGCGCCUCCCUGCGGCGCCCCGGCCCGGCUCCGGCUCCCGCCGCGGCGAUGCUGCCCGAGGCCGCGGGAUGAGCCAGUGACUCCACUGGCCCUGGCAUGGCGGACCCAGUGGCGGGCAUCGCGGGCUCGGCGGCCAAGAGCGUGCGACCCUUCCGCUCCAGCGAGGCCUACGUGGAGGCCAUGAAGGAGGACCUGGCCGAGUGGCUCAACGCCUUGUACAGCCUGGGGCUGCCCAGCGGCGGCGAGGGCUUCCUGACGGGGCUGGCCACGGGCACCACCCUGUGCCAGCAUGCCAACGCCGUCACUGAAGCUGCCCGCGCGCUGGCCGCGGCCCGCCCGGCCCGGGGGGUGGCCUUCCAGGCCCACGGUGUGGUGCCCGGCUCCUUCAUGGCCCGCGACAACGUGGCGACCUUCAUCGGCUGGUGCCGCGGGGAGCUGGGGGUGCCCGAGGUGCUCAUGUUCGAGACCGAGGACCUGGUCCUGCGCAAGAAUGAGAAGAGCGUGGUGCUGUGCCUGCUGGAGGUGGCGCGGCGCGGGGCCCGCCUGGGCCUGCUGGCCCCCCGCCUCGUGCAGUUCGAGCAGGAGAUCGAGCGAGAGCUGCGGGCCACGCCGCCCGCCCCCCAGGCCCCCACUGCCGCCGCCGGGGAGGACCUGGCCGAAACUGCCGUAGCCCCGGGGGCUCCCGCCCGCGGGCCCCGAAUGACGCCCAGUGACCUGCGUAACCUCGAUGAGCUGGUCAGGGAGAUCUUGGGCCGCUGCACCUGCCCGGACCAGUUUCCCAUGAUCAAGGUCUCGGAGGGGAAGUACCGCGUGGGAGACUCCAGUUUGCUCAUCUUCGUGCGGGUACUUCGGAGCCACGUGAUGGUCCGAGUCGGUGGUGGCUGGGACACGCUGGAACACUACCUGGACAAGCACGACCCCUGCCGCUGCUCCUCCUCAGCCCACCGCCCUUCCAGAGCCAGCACCUUCUCCCCGCAGAGGGUGUCACCCGCCCACAGCCCCCGGGCUGCCAGCCCCGUCCCUGGGAGUGAACGGCGGGGCUCCCGGCCAGAGGUGGCACCCGCCAGCGCCCGCAGCUCCAAGGAGGGGCCCGAGACCCCACUCAGGCCUCGGGACCAGCUGCCGCCCCCCCAUCCCCGUUCCCGCCGCUACUCUGGGGACAGCGACUCCUCGGCCUCCUCCGCCCAGAGUGGGUCCCUCGGCACCCGCAGUGACGACCUGGUCAUGGGCCCCCCGAGGGAGCGGCCUGGCCGGCGGCUGACCACAAGCACCCCUGCCUCCCCAAGACGGCCCCCCGCCCCUCGCAGCCAGUCUCGAGACCGGCUGGAGCAGGGCCGCCCCCGGGGGGUGCCGGGCGGCAGGGGGGCCCGGCCGCCAGCCCCCAGCCCUGCCCGGCGGGCGCGGAGCCAGAGCCGGGACGAGCAGGCUGUGCUGCUGGUGCGGAGAGACCGAGACGGGCAGCACUCCUAUGUGCUGGGGAGCAGGGGGGGCUCUGGGAGGAGCAGCCCCCAGACCCCCCGUGCCCGAAGCCCCGCAGCCCCCCGGCCUCCCAGGUCUGGCCCCAGCCCGGAGCUGGGCCCUACCCCGGCCAGCGUCUUCCGCACGCCGCUGCAGCUCGACCCCCAGGAGGAGCAGCAGCUGUUCCAGCGCCUGGAAGAGGAGUUCCUGGCUAACGCCCGGGCCCUGGAGGCCGAAGCUGGCAGGACCCCCACUGGACCAGCCCCUGAACCCGCGCGGGCCCCAGAACACCCAGCUCCCGACUCAGCUUACUGCUCCUCCAGCUCCUCCUCCUCCUCCCUCAGCGUCCUGGUUGGCAAGUGUGGCCAACCUGGGGACUCUGGUCGCAUGGCCAAUGGACUCCCUGGGGCUCGCGGCCCAGCCCUGUCCAGUUCUUCUGACGAAGGCAGCCCCAGCCCAGGUGUGGCGGGCCGGCCAGAUGCACCUGGGAGCCUCCCGGCCUGCCCGGAAACCCCGAGGACCUGGGCACGAGGCCGGAUGGACACACAGCCAGACCGGAAACCCUCACGCAUUCCCACACCUCGGGGUCCCCGGCGUCCAUCUGGACCCUUGGAACCAGGGGCCUGGCACGCCCUGCACUCAGUUACCCCAAGGGCCGAGCCAGAUUCCUGGAUGUGAUGGACCUGCCACCAGACACCCCCCCCCAUUUCAUCAACCUUUUCGUUUGUGGCCUUAACCCCUCUGCAUCAGGGAACCGACCUCCCCCGCUGCCUCUUGGGGACCAGACCUCAUGGGACCACUUGCACAAUGGGACCUCUGUCGUACAUUCCGGUUGCGGGAUCAGAGUUGCUAUUUAACUAAUAUUAUUGAAUGCCUUAGAGGAGGCAGGGCCAGUUCACUGGGGACUCCUGAGGUCCUUUGGCCCUGCAGAGCCUGACAGUAAAGUUUUGUUCCAAUCA